AUGGUCUCUGAUAGUGGGCGACGGCUUCCGUUUUUUCCAAAGGCGGACGCAGCUAUUCUGAAGUCAAAGUAUGCGCCCCCGCCGACUCGUCCGCAGACAGUGGGACCCAUCUACGAUCGAGAAAAUGUCGAUCGACCGAUAGAGCCCUGGUCUUCAGACGUCGAAAAGAACUUCUAUCCCAAAUCAGAUCCUUGUGCGCCCGCAGCUAUCCCCAAAAGACCUUCUUGGUUCACUGAUCGAUACCUGCGGGCCUUCCUUGCCGAGAAUGAAAGACUCCGAUUAUCCAUGCUGUGGUAUUAUACACGUGAUAUUUCCAAAGAAGAUGAGUUUCUCUCCGGUCUUCAAGAGAAAGCCUGUCUUGCUCAGGAAUCCACCGGAUGGGAAUUUGCUGUGAUCGGCAUUCUGGAUGUCAACGUCUAUAUCCGAUUGGCCACAGUGGGGCUUGAACUAGGCAUUCUUCCACGUGGGGAGACUAUCUGCGCCCACACGGUCACCCAACCCCCUGGGAGCGUCUUCCUUUUACCGAGUCUGAUGGAGGAUUGGAGAUUCCAAGAGUCACCAUACCUCGAACUUGGAGGCCUUUAUGCAUACGCUGGCGUACCACUUCGCUUGCAGGACGAGAGCGGCCAUUGUGUCGGCCUUGGAUCACUCUGUGUGGCCUCUAGUACAAGCGAGAAUCCUUUGACUAGCUCUCAGCAGCAGGCACUGGUUCGCCUCGCCGACUGGGUCGUUUCCGAUCUCGUUCAAUGUACAAGGGCAAGACGCCAGCGGGAGCGGCGUCAAAUGUCUGAUCUCCUUUCUAGGGCACAGAAAGAAACAGACCAUACAGUCUCUGAAGAGCCGAUCCUCAAGAUAUUGCGCAACACAUACCAGAAUGCAAUUAUCAGCCUGCAACCGCCCCAGACAACCUAUAUUGAGAUUGAAGGACACGGUUCGAUACCGAUUCAUGACUUAGAAGAUGGCAUAUGGGAAGACAACGACUACUUUGACGAGCUCAUUGCACAUUCAAACCAUCUCGCUCCCUCGUCUAAUAGGGUAGUUCGCAUCAUUACCGCACCAUGCGAAAGUGUUUCGGGGUCAUCAUUGCUUGUCGUGGCAUCAAAAGACAUACACCUGGUGUUUGACGAUAUAGAUUCAUGGUUCGUUCAAACUUGCGCGGGUUUGUUAUCCCAGAUGUGGCGCAAAAGUCUUCUUAUAGAAGCAAUGAAAGCGAAGGAGAGGUUCCUGCAGGGAUUUUCCCAUCAACUUCGCACGCCGAUCCAUGGCAUCCUUGGUUCUGUGGAACUCCUAGCCGAGGAACUACAGUCAGGGAGUGUGAGCGAGUCCGUCCUCCCGGCGUCGGUAUCGGAAAAAGAACCUUCGACGACGGAUUCGCGUGAGCCCUCUACGUACCUAAACAUAAUUAAGAUGGCGGGUCAAGAUUUGAGUUCCAUUGUCAACAACAUGAUUACUUUGAACAGAUGGGCCGACAUCGCCAUUGCAGACCGCCAAUAUGCCCUACAUACUGUUGAUGAGCUCGAGUCGGAGAUUCAAAAAGAGAUAGCCAAGCUAAUAUCAGAAGACACGCGCUGCAGACCUUCUAUUUGUUUCACUCACGAUGUACCGCCAGGGUUUGAGGGUCUCCGGACUGAUCUCGGCGUUCUUCGGGACACCCUCAUCCCCCUCAUUCUCAACUCGAUCCAAAACACGGCAGGAGGCACCGUGUCGAUAACGGUGUCAAUACGCUUAGGCUGCAAGGACCUUGUUUUCGACAUCAAAGACACCGGUCGAGGUAUUCCCAUCGAUCACCACCAAUGUAUAUUUGAACCCUAUGAAAAGGUCGAUUUGCACUCUGCGGGUGCCGGGCUGGGCCUCACUCUCGCAUCUAAAUUUGCAACACUCCUCCACGGCUCCGUCAAUCUAAUUUCAUCGGUUGUUGGCUGUGGUUCCCAUUUCAGAGCUACAUUUCGUGAAGUUGAGCUUUUUUGCGCACCCCAACAGGAACAACUGACUUUAAACCUCAAUAAUCUGCCCCCAAGAUUCUUCCACAUGACUACCGGCUCUGAAUGCGUACAACUGCGUGAUGACUUUACGAAGUUCCUUACUCAAAAUGCAUUUAAACCCUCAGACAGCAUUGAAAACUGCCUUGUCAUACUCAAUGUUGUCUCUGAUCUAGAACUGCAUCGUAUGCAUCUAGCCCAAAUUCCAAUGGGACAAGUUGCCAUAUGUCUUGUUCCUGAUUCAGAAGGAGAUCCCUGUCUGGAACGCAGCGCGAAUAAUGUGGUUUAUGUCCACGCGCCGCUCUCAACUUCAGACAUGUUCUCGGCGCUUGAAAAAGCACAUGAUAUUCUGGUAGGAACCGAAGUCCUCCAGCUGCGUCCUUCGCAGCCCAAUAUCUCUCACUCCAGAAUCUCGGGACUAUGCCAAGACCCAGAUACAGAUGGGCCCUCAUCUCAUCCAUCCACAUCUGAUUCAAUUGAUUUCGACUCAGAUUCCAGUGUGCCACCGACAUCUUCCCCAGAUACAGCAACGUCUGUAGACUUGACAGUAGCGACAACAAUAUUCCCUGCUAACACGGACACUCCUAAGCCCCUAACUCUGAUUGUUGACGACAAUGCCAUCAACCUCCGCAUUAUAGAAAUGUAUUUGAAAAAAAGAGAAUUGCCAUACCAUUCAGCAGUCGAUGGUCAACAAGCUGUCGAGAUCUUCUCUAGGUGUCAAUCAUCCUUGACUGCUAGCAAGGGUACUGCGAUCCAGCUGAUUUUCAUGGAUCUACAAAUGCCGGUGUGUGAUGGUAUCGAAGCAACCAAGCAAAUACGACUUUUGGAGCAAAAAAACCAUUGGGCAAAGAGCACAAUAUUUAUGAUGACUGGCCAGGACAGUCCAUCGGAUAGGGCGGCUGCGGCACAUGCCGGUACUGAUGAGUACCUUGUGAAGCCUGUUGUUAUCAAGCAGCUGGAUCGUGUUGUGAAGCAAUAUUUCCCCGCGUUCGAGAUUAGCUGA